GACCAAAAAAUAAAAAAUUGCGGUGUGGUGGCGUUGUGUUGGGAUAUUUUGCGGGGAGGAAACUGAAGUUGUUUUGUUUUGUUUUGUUUUGUGCAAUUUGAGAGAAUCAUUCAUUUCAUUUCAUUCACAACGUGUGUGUGUGAGGUGAUGAUUAUGGAAUCUCUUAGUUCAUCAACUCUACCUUCUUUCUCAAUCUUCCCUUCAACAACAUCAUCAUCCCUUGUUUCCAAGAAGACCCCCCUCCUCCUACACUUUCGUCCACCCUCCUCCUCCAAGCGUGACGAUGGUAACGAUACAGACUCCCAAUCUAAAUCAAACAAUAACAACAUCAAUCUCCCAAUUCUCAGUAAUAAUCGCUGUUUCUCCAUUUCCCCUCUUUCUAAUGAUGCGGCGAUGGGGUUGGUCUUGAGUGCUGCAACCGGUAGAGGAUGGACGACAGGUUCCGGGAUGGAAGGACCCCCUGUUCCUGCUGUAGGUAAGGAUGACCAAUCAGGGACAGGAGGGAAUAUUUCCACUUUCCCGUGGUCACUCUUCACAAAAUCCCCAAGGAGAAGGAUGCUCAUCGCUUUUACUUGUACCAUUUGUAGCCAGAGAACUACACGGGCUAUUAAUCCUCAUGCUUACACCGAUGGCACUGUUUUUGUUCAGUGCUGUGGAUGCAAUGCGUAUCAUAAGCUUGUGGAUCACUUGAACUUGUUUCAGGAGACAAAUUGCUAUCUGAAUUCAAGUUUUAAUUAUAAAGGUCCUGGAUGGGAGGAUGUUAAGUUCAGGUUCAUGGACAUAGACAGCGAUGACGAUGAUGAUAUAUUCCCUGUUACAUAAGUGAAUUGCCAGCUUAUGGAGCAUAUAUUUUCUGCCUCUGAUCGUAAGGAAUUUUAGAUUAGUUGUCUUGUAUAUCGUUUAUGUUUUCAAGCUUAAUAGUAAAAUUUGUCAGAGGUUUGCUUUGUAUAUAAUAUAUGUGCAUGUAUAGCUUCGUAACUGGUUUGUUCAAUCAUCAAUUUGAUAAUGUACAAUAAAUUCCAUAACUAACUAUUUCCUUUGCUUCUA